CUGCUUUGUUAUAAUACAGAUCGAUAUUUAAUGACUCUGAGUUGCUUAUCUUGGCGCAGGUGGAGUACACUGAAGAACAAUUCCAUGCUUUAUCCUUAUUUGAUACUGGGACAAAAAAUGCGUUAUGCACAUAUGUAGGUUAGUAACGAAUGCGUAUCGGAGAUCAGAAUGCGUAUCAGUGAUCAGGCUGACUUAAAAAACUAAUAUAGCACAAUGUCGGUUGCCGGCAUAUGUUCGUGGGCAUCACUGCCUUUAUCACAAUCAUCGAAGAGAGUCUUAUUAGUCAGAAGAAAGGUACAUACAACUCACUUAUUCACUAAAUUACGAGGCAAUUUUGGUCACUAUCUAAAGAAUGAUACAGCUCGUAUGGCCUCUUCAGCCCGUGUUCACCUGAAUACUCCUGAGAGUCCAAUUCGUACCGACUUACAUAGAUACUAUACACACUAUACGCCAAUAGCACGCGGCAAGUGCCCAGCACAACCGAGGUGUAUGCAGAUUGACAGACGUAUGUCGCCAUACUCCACCAUCACUACCCCUCCCGAUAAGAACAUAUCAGACACAAGCGGUGCUAAUAAAACAGCAUCACAACAAAGUAAUGAUAGAGUAACACAUCCAAAGGAGAUACUUAAAGAGAAUGCAGAUCAACAUACACUUCACACAACAAGUAAUGCAAUAGAUGAACCGCAUCCUUUAUACGCCGAAUUCACACCGGCAUACAGUCGGCAACCAAAGUCAUAUCCGGACUAUGAGGGUCCACUGAGAAGUUUUCCCAAGGAACCACCUGUCAGAGUACCAGCCAACCUUACACGAAAAGUGGAAAAUUGUGAUAAAUUGUAUAAUCCAGGACCUAUUCAUCACGUAGGACGCGAGUCUUCGGUUAGAGGUGUUAGGUAA